GCCCAUGCCACAACAUCCGGUUGCAUUUUUAUACGAAAUUUGCAACUUCAAUAAUGUCGGUUCAGCUUCCAGACGACCAAACAUCGAAGGAGGAAAGACAAAAACGACAUUACAAGAUGCUAAAUGAGCUGCAGAAUAUGGCUAGGGAACUACCAUUGACUUUUCAGCAGAGAUUACCGUAUGACUUGUUGUCGAGUUUAGCCAGUUCGUUAUUAGAUUCUACUGUGUAUGAUAUAGUUCAUAGUUUAGAAGAAGUUCAACAUCUGGAAGAAAAGGCUAUGUGUAGUACUCGUUCACGAAUGGUCAGUGAACAUAAAGCACAACAUCAUGUAAUGCAGAAGAAACAUAAAGAAUUAUUGCAGCAGUGUGAAAAUAAACCACAUAACAUUCCACUUGUACAGGCACAGAUUGACAGGGAAUUGGAGAUGAUAAAUAAAAGAUGUGAUGAAGAAAUGAAGAAAAAAGAUAUGAAGAUUAUUUUAGAGUUAGAUCAGAAAGCCAUGGAACAACAGAAUCUGUUAGAGAAAGUUGGUGUACCAGGAUUCUAUGUUACUAAUAAUAAACUAGAAAUGAGACUUCAGAUGUAUUUAUUGGAUUUUAUCAUGAGGAUUAGUCGUGCAGAAAAAGAAGGAAAAUUUGACACAUAAAAGUCUUCACUGUUUGUUAUUGUCAAACUGAAGCUUUGAAAAGGACUAGAAACUCAACGUUUUAGUUAGACAGAAAACUAAUUUAACUGGAUCAUGUUAAAUUGAAGGGUUGAAUGGACGAGAAACUUAAAAAUCUAAUGAAAGUGAAUAGAGGAUAAUUUGACACAUGAAUCUUUAAUUGGAUGUGCUAAGGGCAUGUUAACGUACAGAAGGGCAAAUUUGACUUUAAAUGUCAUUUAAACGAAGGAUAGAAAACGAGUAAGCUGAUACUCUAGUCAAACCUCUCAUGUAUUUCAAUUCCAAUUUGUGUUAAAUAAAUAAAUCACACGUGUGAUAAAUAAAUAAA